AUGUACUUUUUCCUCUCAAACCUGUCCUUCGCUGACAUCUGUUUCAUCUCCUCAACAGUCCCAAAGAUGCUUACAGAUAUCCAAUCUCACAGCAGAGUCAUCUCCUAUGUGGGCUGCCAGACUCAGAUGUCUCCUUUUCUCUUUUUUGUAUGUAUGGAUGAUAUGCUGCUGACUGUGAUGGCCUAUGACAGGUUUGUGGCUAUAUGUCACCCCCUGCAUUACCCAGUUAUUAUGAACUCCCACUUCUGUGUCUUCUUAGUUUUCAUGUCAUUUCUGUUUAGCCUUGUGGCGUCCCAGAUACACAAUUUGAUUGUGUUACAAUUUCCCUUUUUUAAGGAUGUGGAAAUUGGUAAUUUCUUCUGUGACGCUUCUCAACUCCGUAAUCUUACCUGUUCUGAUUCCUUCACAAAUUACAUAGUCAAGUAUUUUGUUGGUGCUAUAUUUGGUUUUCUCCCAAUCUCUUGA